UACAACCCAACUGCAACUGGCAGUCACGAAUGCUGAUUUAAUAAGGGUCGCAAUGAAGGAACAAAUUUUGUGAAGAGCUCUCCGUGAAUUGUGACUCUGGAGAAAAAGGAAAAGCAGCUGCCAAAAAGCUCUUCCGUAACUUCCAGUGACAGUAAGCUCCUGCUGAGGCCCUGUGCUCCAGCAGAUAGCGAACUUCAGUUGUUCGUUUGUUUGUUUGUUUGUUUUAUAUAUCUCACUUUUUUUGUCCAACGCCCGCCAUGUCCACUCACGACAGCAGCAAUGACCCGCAACAAGAAACCUCCUUGUCCCAGGACGGCUGCUAUGUCGGCCUGACCAGCUCCCCGCUCAACUUGCAAUCCGUCACCGAUCGUGUCCGCUCCCCGCAAGCAGGCGCCAUCGUCUUGUUCGCAGGCAUGUCCCCGUCUCCUUCCCCCGUCAUCUCUCCUCCACCCUCUCUGCCAGAACAUGAGAAGAAAAAAAGCUCACACUGCAUUUUGUCUUUAGGAACAACUCGUGACAGCUUCGACGGCAAACCCGUCAAAGAACUGCAGUACACGGCCUACCCCGCUCUGGCACUGCGCACCAUGAUGGAUAUCUGCUCCACCAUCAAGACCAAGCACGGCCUGAAGGGGAUAGCCAUGAUCCACCGGCUGGGGGUGGUGCCCAUUGGGGAGGAGAGCAUCCUGAUUGCUGUGUCGGCGCCUCAUCGGCAGGCCGCGUGGCGGGCAGGGGAGGAUGCACUGGAGGAGUGUAAGGCGAGGGUGGAGGUGUGGAAGAGGGAGGAGUUCGAGGCUGGGGAGGGGGUGUGGAGGGCUAACAGGGAUGGGAUCAGGGGAGAGAGGGUUGGGUGA